UAAAAUGCAUCGUUUCGUUAAGGAAGCCGUCGGUCACUUCGCAAUGCUGCCCAAGCCACGGCCGAUGUCUGCCAAGAGCACCCAAAAUCGGCCCGGUAGCUCAAACAACUGCAAGCAGAAAAUUUGCGAAGACAAAGCGCGUGAUCUGGGAAUGUUCGAAGGAGCCGUACCGGGAAGGCUUCAGGUCGCGAGCCCGCAGAUGUGGCGCCCAUGUCCGGAUCCUCCAAAGCCCCGCGAGUUUUCCUGCGAAGAUGCGGGUCUGUUGAAUAUUGCACGCCGCAGGCGCGAACCGGUGCUGAAAAAGACGAGCUGCACGAGCCCCGCUCCUAGUGUUGAAGCACCGGAGUGCAUCAAAAUUAAGGAAGACCUUUGCAUGCGCGUACAGGUGCCAGGAUGCGGCAAGGUAAAGUUUCCACCGAAAUGCGAGAUUCCGGUGCCGAUACGAGAUUGUGUCAAGACGAAGGCACCAGUGCCAUCAUUUUCCGAAGCAUAUAAAAACCCAUUUCCGCCGCUACCGAUUUCGGAAUGCUUGUGCUAUGAGUCUACGAAAAUAUGCUGAUAUGUUGGAAUACAUGACUGGAGUGGUUUUACAACAUUAUUAAUCCCGGCUGAACUAGUGGAAGAAGUCACUGAUUUUUGUUCAAUAUUCUUUGCAUUUCUUUAAUUUGUGGAAUGCAAAUUAAAAGAAAAAUUAAACGUUGUUUAAAA